GGGAAAAUGAAAGAGGGACCCGGAGAGACGGGUCCCAGCCGGUGCCCCAGCUCCCACGCUUCGCCUUGAAGGCCGGGCCCUGGCCCAGGCGCCCCCCUCCCCCGCGCCAUGGCCGAGUGGGCCUUCCUGGGCUCGCUGCUGGACGCCGUGCAGCUGCAGUCGCCGCUGCUGGGCCGCCUGUGGCUGGUGGUCAUGCUCAUCUUCCGCAUCCUGGUGCUGGCCACGGUGGGCGGUGCCGUGUUCGAGGACGAGCAGGAGGAGUUUGUGUGCAACACGCUGCAGCCCGGCUGUCGCCAGACCUGCUACGACCGCGCCUUCCCAGUGUCCCACUACCGCUUCUGGCUCUUCCACAUCCUGCUGCUGUCGGCGCCGCCCGUGCUCUUUGGCAUCUACACCCGGCACCAGGCGGGCAAGCGCGCGGGCGCCGCGGCCACGGCCACGGGGCCCCUGGGGACGCCGGGCACCUCGGGGACGCCGGGCACCUCGGGGACGCCCGGGCCCCCGGCCUGCCGCAUGCGUCGCUGCUACUUGCUGAGCGUGGCGCUGCGCCUGGGCGCCGAGGUGGCCUCACUGGGCGGCCAGGCGCUGCUCUACGGCUUCCGCGUGGCCCCGCGCUUCGCCUGCAGCGGCGCGCCCUGCCCGCACACGGUGGACUGCUUCGUGAGCCGCCCCACGGAGAAGACGGUGUUCGUGCUAUUCUACUUCGCCGUGGGGCUGCUAUCCGCGCUGCUCAGCGUGGCCGAGCUGGGCCACCUGCUGUGGAAGGGCCGCGGGCGCGCCGAGGACGGCGACCUGGAGGGGGCGCGCAAGCCGCUCCCGCCGCCGCCGCCGCCGUCCCAGCCCGCGCGGAGUCGCGGUUCCCGCCGCGACCCGGACCCCGACCCCGACGCCCCGCCCGCCUACGCGCACAGCGCGCCCGACGCCGAUGUCGAUGCCAGCAGCGCCCGCAGCAAGGCGUCCCUGGCCGCCGCGUGUCGCGACCUGGCCAUCUAGCGGCAACACCAACCCGAGGCUCCACAGGCGAGGGGACGCACGAAUUCGAUCCCCAGACGGUGCCUGAGGCGCGAACGCGCGGCAGAGGUGGCAGGAGUGGCCGGGUGGCGUCGCCCCUACCCAGAAGCCCAAGGAGGCGCCAGGGACGCACGCAGGUAGCGAGCUGGGCCGGCGGGGACGACGCCCACGGCCGUGCCAGGCGAUGCCGUGGUCCGGGGACCGGGGCCACCGCGCUGGCCCUGUGAGCGCGCACCCCCGUGAGUGUGGCCGCGUGGAGAGCUGCGUGUGCAUGGCCACGAGAGCCUGUGGUGGCAUCCCCGUGGGUGUGCACACCCAUACCUGCGUGCAUUCGCUUUGGGGAGCUGUGCACACUGACACUGUCCUGCAUGAGUCGUGUGCGCCCACAAGUGUGCACAUCCAUCCUGUGCGUGUACGCAUUGUGGACACUUGCACAUGUGCAUCACGCCGGCAUUCCACACCUGCGUGUAACUGUGCACACCUUCGUCUACCCAGUGCACACAGGUGUGUACACAGUGGGGAAGCCCAGUGUGUGUGCGUGUCUGUGUGUGCACGCGGGGUGCACGGCCGGAAGGUGUCCCCUCCGCAGGUGGAGGAAGUGAGUGGCAGGGAGGAACCAAGGCCUGAGGCUGGCUGUGGGCUCAUCUACCCUCUCCCCAUGGCUGGCCCUCUGUGCUCAGGAGCACCUCCAAAACAAAGCGGCUCCUGGCUGCCUCCAACCAGCAUUCAAAGCCACCUGUGGCCACCAGAGUCCUCUGUCCACCUCUGCCCCACUGACCCUCCAGCAGCCACACUAGGGUCCCCCUUGGCAAGCUCACCCCAGUCCAGCGGCCUUGUCCCCGCCCCCCACCUCCAUCAGAGGUGGCCUCCCAUGCCCUCGUGCCUUUGUCCCCUGUUCCUGCUGGUGCCCCUGGCUGCCUCUAGCUCUGGACUACUAACCUGCGCCUCUGCAGCCCCGGUGGGGGCAGCUUGGCCUGGGCAGUCCCCUGCUCUGCAGCCCCAACUCCGCCCGCUGCUGCCCACCCAAGGUGCUGGUCUAUUUCUUUCUGUGUGUGGUUUUGUUUUUGACAUAGGCUUCCCCUAGGCAGUUCAGGCUGGCCCUGAACUUGCAAUAUAUCUUCCUGCCUCAACCUCCAGAGUCCUGCCUGCUGCUUUUCGGUCCAAUUUGGAGAAACAACCAGCUUUAGGAGAGGCCAUCCCUGAAGGCCACACUCCAAGCCAGGUGUCCCCAGGAAGACAGCUCUGCUGCUGCUGCUGGGGGGCAGUGCCUUCUCCCUCUCCAUGGCCCGAGGAGGCACUCGGUAAAAGCCAUUGCGGCCCUGGGGUUCCUUGGGCUGAUGCCCAGCAGGGACCUCUUGUGUCUCUCUGGUGCUGUUCAUUGUGUCAUGCCGUGGAUGUAUUCAUUCAACAAACACUGCUGGGCACAUACUGUGCACCAGGUGUUGGAGGUCAGAGUCGCCUGGUAGGACCUGUGAUUCGACUCCUGUGAGCCAUGUAGACAGAGCCAAAGGAAACGGAAAUGGGUGUUGAUGUUCUGUUUACUUCACUGCAGAACAGCCAGGCUGAGGUCGUUUCAGCCGGUGGUUGAUAUUAAAAAGUGUUCUUUUUCAUAUGA